ACCAACAACACACAACACCACCAUCCCUUUUUAGAGAGAGAAGGUGAUCUCAAAGCCAGACCCAGAAAGAGACUGGGAUUCACACACACACACACAGAGGAUUUUAGUUCUCUCUCUCUCUCUCUCUCUCUCUCUCUCUCUCUCGCUUCCCCCCUCUCUCUCUAAACAUCAUCCCCAUUUGAUCGGACCCUCGCAUUCCCAUUUCACCACAAUUUUGUACGUAUCUGUAUACAUAAACUGUCCUGUAUUUAUAUAUACACAUAAACGUAUAUGAAUAGUUUGAUUCUGUAAGUAUAGUAUAGUAUAUAUAUAUAUAUUUGUAUAAUGGAGAGAUACGGUCUACAGUCGAAUUCGGCAGCGAAAUGGAGCUCACAGGGGCUCGAAGAGCCUGCGUGGCAAUUUGGACCGAGCAGUGGCGCGGAGUCGUACCCCGAGCGGCCCGAUGAGGCCGACUGUAUCUAUUACUUGAGGACGGGGUUUUGUGGGUACGGUACGAGGUGUCGGUUCAAUCAUCCCCGCGAUCGCGGUUCGGUUGUGGGAGCUUUUAGAGCUGGGGGAGGGGAGUACCCGGAGCGAGCAGAGCAACCUGAGUGCCAGUACUAUAUGAGGACGGGAACAUGUAAAUUUGGCGCAUCCUGCAAGUAUCACCAUCCAAGACAGGGAGGUGGAUCUGUCAUCCCUGUGUCACUAAAUAUUUCUGGAUACCCACUACGACCGGGUGAAAAGGAGUGUUCAUACUAUGUGAGAAUGGGGCAGUGCAAGUUUGGUGUAACCUGUAAAUUCCAUCAUCCACAACCAGCAGGCAUACAAGUGUCAGCUCCCCUACCUUUGUCUGUACCUACUCCAGUGAUUUAUCCUUCAAUGCAGUCUCCUUCGGUUCAAUCAUCUCAACAGUAUGGACUGGUGGCUGGAAAUUGGCCAUUUCCAGGGCCUGCUCUAGUUCCAGGUUCGUAUCUCCAAGGGGCAUAUGGUACCAUGCUGAUUCCUCCAGGAAUGGUUCCCUUUGCUGGUUGGAAUCCUUACCAGGUGGAGGCACCUGUAAGUUCAGCCCCCUCACCCAGUACUCUAUCCACAAUGGGAGGAGCAUCUGUUUAUGGGAUCCCACAAUUAUCUCCUUCAGCGCCUUCAUACACAGGAGCUUAUUUACCCUUGCGUAAAUCUUCGCAGAAGGAACACAUGUUUCCAGAAAGACCUGGCCAACCUGAAUGCCAACAUUACAUGAAAACUGGUAAUUGUAAAUUUGGAUUAUCAUGUAGGUACCAUCAUCCACCGGAAUGGAGUCCACCACAAAUAAAUUUUGCCCUUAGCCCCGUGGGUCUUCCCCUACGUCCGGGUGUGCCAAUUUGUACUCACUAUGCUCAAAACAGAGAAUGCAAAUUUGGGGCCUCAUGCAGGUUUGAUCAUCCAAUGGGAACACUGAGUUACAGUUCAUCUGCGUCUUCUCUUGCUGAUAUGCCCGUUGCUCCUUGCCCUGUGGGAUCCACAGUGGGUACCCUGGCCCCAUCAUCCUCUUCAUCAGAUUUGAGACAGGAACUUAUUUCCGGUUCCAAGAAGGAUGACAUAUCAGCCAGGAUGUCUUCUUCUUCUUCUAUGACCAAAUCCAGUAGUUCGAUUGGUUCGAUUUUCUCCGACAGUAUGUCUGCUGCCUCUCAAGCUUCUGCCCCCUCCGCUAAUCCUAGCAGUAGCACAAGUCAUGGACGUGGGUUAAACAAAUCCUAGUUGUCUGUCUCCAGGAUCAUAAACCGAACACUUUUUUGGAAAAAACAAAAUGGAUACCAGGCUCUCUUUGUUUUUUGUUUUUUUGAGUCAUCACAUUCCCACGAUGCGGCUCUAUUUCUCUAUGUGUUCAUAUGAUCCUUUACAUGGCCUCCUCUUUUUCAUCUUCAAUAAGCCAUACCCAACUUCAAAUAUCACCAGACCCUUUAUACCAUUCCCACGUCUCUUCCAAAUAACCAAGAAGGAAAUGCCUUCUUUUGAUUGGCAAACGCCUUCUCUCCAAUUUUUGGAGUUUGUUGUGUUAAUAUUUAUACUGUAAUCUAUAUUCAGAACCAAAAAGAUCGGUCUUCCUUCCGCUUUCACUGUCUGUCAAUCUUUUUGUUGUACCUCUAUAUCUUGGAAUGAGCAUCCGAUUCAACUUAGAAAUGAAAUUGGGAAGGGGUUCCUGUUUCCCCCUCUUUGUCCAGGGCUUUAUCGUGGCGAAAAAGAGGCACUACAGAGACCCCAAGCAAGGUAUUCACAGCACUGCCUUAGUUUUUUUAUGAGGUUACACUACAUGUGUUGUGACAACUGAAAUUGAUCAAUUUUAUUACCAGAUACGGAAAGGGAAUGAUGGAGAAACCUGAGAAAGUGUAAUAAUAAUUUCUUUCAUUGUA